AAGCGGAAACCAGCGCAGCGACUCAGCCUGCCGUCAAGGAGAAGGAAAGCGGAAGCCGCCGAGAGCACGCCGCCCGCCCCGCCCACCUAAAGAAAGAGAGCGCAGAGGAGGCGAGACCCACCCCACCCACCUACCGCGAAGGCUUGACCGCGGACGGAAACACCAUCCAUGUCGUCGUCGUCGUCUAUGGGAGGCUCCCUGGCGCUCGCCGCCGCCACGGCCGUCGCGUUAUCCGGCUCCCUCGUCAUCUUCUCGCUCUGCCGCGCGCACCUCGCCCACGGCGCCGAGCCGGAGCCGGAGCCGGAGCACGCCCUGCGCCCCUGCCUCUCGUCUUCGGAGAGGCGGACGCGCGGCGGGGGGAAGGCGAAGGCGAGGAGACGCAAGGGCGAGAGGCGGGUGCGGUUCGCGGCCGACGUCGUCGACAAUGAGGGCGCGACGCGCCCGGUCAGGUUCUCCCCGCCCGCGCCGUCGUCGUCGGCGGCCACGUGUGGGGACGCGGCGCGGUCGGAAGACCCCAUGAUGCCUGCCAACCGGGAGGCGCUCUACCGCGGCAUGCUCCGCGACCGCUCCACGCACCGGGUCACCUGCUCCUACUGACCCUGACGCUCACCGCCGGAGAGCUCGUUUGUUCGUUGCCUCUCUUCGUUUCGUUUGUUCGUUCGCCGUUAGCGUUCGGUCGGUAGUAGGCAGGCUGUUAACUUCGGAGGUUCAUCCUCUUGCUGACGGAGGAUUUUGUUAAUGGAA